AGUGUUGUCAGUACUCACCCCAUUCACUUUCAUCUGUUGUACCAAGACCUGCUGCACCAAGAAGCUCCCUGCACAGCUCCAUCAUGUCUCUACGGCUUCUGCCUGCUAUCAUUAUGGACAAUGACGAGGACGAUGAUAGUAACUUCACAAAAUGGAUGAGCAGUUACUGGGGUCACGGACCAGACGCUGUACAUUCCAGAGAAAGAAAACACAGUUUCAGAAGGCCUUCAAAAACACAAGUUGAUAGACGAGCAUCACUCCCGACUGCGUCACAGUUAGAUGUCAUGAAGUUAAACAGGUUUCAUGCAGCUACAAUGGCGCCCACUCCCAGCCACGUCAAAUCAAGAGAGGAUAAGGGGGACACCAGGGUCCACCAGAAGCUUCGCCGUGCCUCUGCAGAUGACAACAGCCGUGCUAAGACUGCGAUCGCAGAGAAUCGCAUCACCACCAUCCCAGAGCUCACAGAGACACUUGAGAAGAGGCUCUGUCUAAAUGAUCAGAAGACCACGUCUCUGAACAAGGACGAUACGUUGUGCCUGAUCUGUCAUGAGGACAUGCGUAAGAAUGGGAGGGGAGUGCCACAUUGUACACACCGCUUUCAUAAAGAGUGCAUGGAGCAGUGGCUAUGGGGGAAAAGGAACUGUCCCACAUGCCGUGUCUACGUAUCCAUGCUAAAGCCCCUCUAUUGGCCUUCUUGUCGCACCACCGUCCCAUAAUGGUCCUGCACCUACACUUGAAAUGCCUGCAUGUAUAUGUGACCCCAAGACCUCCUCCUCUCCAUCUCCACGCCUCGUUCUUUCUGCAUGAACACCCUCUGCAAAACUGUCUUCUGUCCCUGCAGGAAGCAGGAAAUGAGAGUGAGGAUAUCUCAUGUGAGAGACAGGAGCUGUCAUUGGACGGUGAUUAUUUAUAUAAGAGCUCUUGUAAAUUAAUGCACUAUCAGGGGAGGAUUAGUCUUUCUUAUUCUUAUUUUGUUUUUGUCCAAAAAUGAUUCUAAACUAUUUCUAAUGACAUGCAGUUAGGUGGAGCAAAUGUCCUCAAAACUGACAAUAUUUUUUGAUAAUGAACAAAAUAAUCUGCCUGAAUUCUGCUGAGUUUGUGGUUGAGGUUGAAUAUUUCCAAGUUCUGAAGUGGAACUAAUGAUAUAAAAUCACAUCAUGAAAUAUAAACAAACAACCCAUAAAUUAGUCUUCUUACAGCUGGUAGCAUAUGAAUGUGUGCAUCAGUAGCAGUUGAAUUUAAGGGAUUAUAAGACCUCCCAUCUGAGUUCCACUGAGCACAUCUUUGGCAGGCUGUUUCCCCUCAGUUUAAAGCUUUUAAACGUUAAAAGUUUAAUGCUAAGCUGACUAGUUUCUGACUUUGGUUUUAUAUUUAGCACAGAAAUACGGGGAACGUAAAUAUUUUCCCAAAACCAUUCAUACACACAAAUAUUCUAUAUAUUUUUUGACCACAUUUGACUGACAUCUUAUAAUAACCACAAGUUCCUGAUAUAGUUUUAAUUGAAAAUCUUGAAAACAGUCUUAAAAAAGCUGAAAACUACAGAGAAUCAACUCUAAGACAGGUGACAAAUUAAAGGAAAACCAUCAAACCAGUGACCCACACACUGAAGG